GUUGUCUGAUGGUUGAGACCAAACAUGGCGCUGGUUUAUGUCAGUCCGAAGUAAAACUUUCCCUGAUGAAAAAGAAACCUCUCAAUCAUCAUAACAUUUCUAGCAUUGUUUUUGUGGGUUCUCAGUCUAUACUCCCAUGUGGAUAUAACUUGGUUCUCCAUUUCGAAUUAUAUUGGACGGCAGACAGAUGUUGACCCUUGUGGAAUACUGAGCUCGAGCGGUGGGCUUUCCUGAAGUUAGCUGUAGCUAACGCUCACGCAAGCAAGUGCCUUUCGUUGUAAUUAUAUCGUUUUCGGUUUAGCCAGUAAGCUUGCUAGUUAGCUCACUGGCUGUUAUUAGCUUGCUAGCUAGGUAGCUCCCGUCAAAAUCGAGAUAGAUCAGACCAGAUUAGAUUCUAGUUGUCAACCAUUGGUAAAAUUUACGUCACGGUGGACAUCUCCGACAUUAUCGAUAACGUUAUAUAUGUUUUUGUUUUGAAAUUGAGGUCAGUGCUUCCGUGUUUAUUUUACGUCAUCCACCUCCAAUUAAGUUGGAUGCCCGUCAAUGUGUUCCAUGCCACAAUAUAUUUGAUUUGCUAGCAGCAAUUCUUCUGGCAAAUUAAUGGAUAAGCUUCAGGACCUCAGCCAAUCCGAGUUGCAGGAUUUGCUGGACAACUCGGAACGGGUGGAGUCGAUGGCACUGGAAUCAGAUGAGAUUCAAAACAUCCAGCUGGAGCGGGAGAUGGCCCUGGCCUCCAACCGUAGCCUGGCUGAGAGAAACCUGGACAUGAAGCCGAGGCUAGAACGAGAGAGGGAACGCCUGGUGGAACGUUACUCAGAGCUGGAGGAAGUGCAAGACAGAUACAAGCAGCGGUGUGCUCUUAGAGACAAUGUAAUGGGGCAGGUAUCACCGGAGAUGCUGUUCUCCCGUCUUCAGGCAGAGGGCACUAGCACAGAGGCAGAGUCUGAGACACUAGCAGAAGAGUUUCUGGAAGGUUCUUUGUCUCUGGACUCUUUCCUGGAUCGCUUCCUUUCCCUCCGCUCCCUUGCGCACAAAAGACGAGUACGGAUAGAGAAGCUGCAGGAGAUUUUACGCCAAAAGAGCCAGGCGGCAGGUGACAACGCGGCCGCCAUGACGACAACGCCCUGCGCCAACCAGGAUCCAGCGGUGACAUCCUCGCCCUGGCAACCAGGCCAGACGCAGCCGCAGCCACAGAGCGUGGCCAAGUCCAGCGGCAGCUUCUCAAACUCCCCCCAGAAUCCCUCCGGCUCGGCUCUGCCCUACAGCCCCUUCCCCGUGUCUCCCCCAUCCCAGCCCCCAAGCGCUGCCGCAGCAGGCCCCACUAAUCCCCCAGCUCAGUUUCCACCCUACCCCAGCCCGGGGUCCUCUUUCUCCCCGGCAGCAGGAUAUGCAGCCUCCCGGCCCAGCUUUGGCCCUGGGCCCUGCCCUUACCCCACCCAGCCAGCUUUCUCUGGCCUCCCCGGGCCUCCCUUUGGGCAGUUUGGCCCCAGCCCAGCCCCCUACCCUUCUGCGUAUCCCUACCCAGCGGGCUACAGCUACCCCACUGGGCCCAGCUUGCCGCCCUCCCAGCCAAACGCGGGAAGGCCUGUCUAUCAGUCUGGAUUCAGGGUGCCGCAGUCCUACUCCUGAGUCCCUCUGUCCCUCUCACCUUCCCCUCUCCCUCUGUCUGGCUCUCUUUCGGUCACUCCCCAGCCUAUGAUGCUGUCUCUUUCAUCCAUUUGUUUCUCUCACUCUCCUUCUUUCUCUCUCUCUCUCUCUCCUCUCUCUCUCUC